CCGAUUAACAGUUGGCCCGAGGGACGCGAGGCGAUCAAGUCGGUUUCUUCCUCGGUGCGGCCGCGAGCCUCGGCCUCGGCCGAGGCGCAAUAAAUAUCGACCACGGGAGUGGAGGCUUAGCGAUGCGAAAAGUGGACCAUUCGAUCGGGCCACGUCAUAUCUCGUAGCGCGCCCGGCGUCGUCGUUGUCGUCGUCGUCGUCAAAAAGGCGCGCGAGAUGCAUUACGACCGCGACAUGUGCGCGUUUCCCGGGUGAGGGGUGACUCGUGCGCUUCCGAUUAUCAGCGCGCGCGGAGCCCCCCUCCUCCCUCCCCCUUCUCCCGCACCCCUGGGUCAGAUUUGCGCCGAGACCGUCGCCGCAAGGUAGGGUUCUCCUCCGCGCGAUUCAGACGAGACGCGCUGGUGCGGUGCGGUGCGGUACCGCGCGGCGGGGCGGACGUCGUGGUUUUCGUUGCGGGUUUCCUGUUUCGAAAAAUCGCUGAGUGGGCGAGGGCUGGGGAAAACGUGCGAGGGUGGAAAAAAAAGGUGCGACUAUAGCUGCGCGGCGACGGCUAUACGAAAUAUAGCAUUUCGGGGGAAGGUUAUACGUGGAAAUACGUAUAAUAUCAAUUCUCUAUAGUUCCUGUCGUGAAUCAUAUUGAACUAUGGCCGGUUCAUCUAUAGCAGUGCUACUCGAGGUAUCGGUAGUAGCGUGGAUCUCCCGGUAUUUCAACGUGUACGUCGUCGACGGACGUUCCCUCGGAAUCACUGAUGACACAUGGUAGUACGAUGAUGCACUCAUGGCAGUGCCGACGCAGUGACAGUGUGAGGUGCUCAUGCGACGCCGCGUUGCACUUUUCGGAUGUCCUACCGCACUGCUAACGCAGUAUUAACAUAUUAAGUGGGCGUGCGGGGGUGACUGGAGUGAUGGGAUGGGGCCAGAGCCCCAUGGAGUUCGGGUAGACCCGUCUCCGGCCCAGCUCCCCAGCCCCCUCCGCCAUCGAUAUCGACACCGCUCCUGCCAGCGACGCAGAGGGCCGCCUCGAUCGCGAUGGAGGCCUCCAGCAAUCAACAACAACAACAACAACAAAAAGAGAAGGAGCCACGCGUUCACAGGCCUUACGCCUUCGACAAGAUGGAGGGGCUGGUGCGGGAGAUGCAAGACCCUGAGAGCGGGGUACCCGUGCGCAGCCAAAAACAAUUUCUCACCUCGAUCCCCUCAGCGUUCAUGGGUUACGACCUCAUCGAGUGGCUGAUGGAGCGGCUUGCCAUCGAAGAAUCAGUAGAGGCGGUCCAUAUUGCUAAUCAACUAUGCCAGUACGGCUACUUCUUCCCGGUGAACGACUCCAAGACACUUACUGUUAAGGACGAUAGCUCUCUUUAUAGGUUUCAGACACCCUAUUAUUGGCCGUGGCAACAUAGAACCCCCGACAACGUGGAAUACGCGAUCUAUCUGGCGAAACGAACUCUGAGGAACAAACAACGUCACGCUCUCGAGGACUAUGAGAUCGAAGCUUUGAACAGCCUGCGCAAGAACCUGCAGAACAAAUGGGACAUCAUACAAUUGCAAGCGGAAGAACAGGUCCAGGUACGCAUAUCCAAGGAACGCAAGAAGGGGGACAAGAUCGUGAGCGACUCGCAGGAACGGGCGUUCUGGAGAGUCUAUCGGCCGCCACCUGGUUGCCUCAGUAGCCUGGAAGUCGUGCCCGUACCCACUCGUCUACGUCCUGGACUUCCACGACCUCCGUCACGCAAACGCACUCUCAACGAUCUGCAACGUGAGGUGGCCCUACUACGGAACAGUUUGAUACGCACGAGAAUAAAGGUUUCAACCGCGAUCGAAAAUUUGAAAUCGUACUUCGAAACAUACGUGGAAUGGGACCCGAUGUUCACACAGCCGCAACCUUCCAAUCCAUGGGUCACCGACGAUCAUACGUUUUGGCAGCUGAAUAGCCCCUUAGUGGAAGUUCCUACGGAGAAGCGUGUUAAACGAUGGGCGCUGUCGAUGGAAGAACUUAUGUCUGAUCCUACAGGUUUACAAGAAUUCACAAAUUAUUUAAGAAAGGAGUACAGCCAUGAGAAUAUAAGAUUUUGGCUGGCGGUCAAAGAUCUCAGGCAUAGUUUUCAAGCACAAAUACCUGACAAAGUCAACGAAAUUUUUAGAGAAUUCCUGGCACCUGGAGCUCCCUGCGAGAUCAACAUAGACGGGAAAACGAUGGAGAAAGUCCAUCAGGAGAUGAAAAAUCCGAGCAGAUUUACGUUUGAUUCCGCCGCGGAGCAUGUAUAUACGUUACUGCUGAAGAAGGACUGUUACCCUAGAUUUAUUCGUUCCGAUCAAUAUCGUAAUCUCUUAGCUGCCGGCGUGCAACCAUUGCAGAAAAAGAGAUUUUUCGUCUUCGGCGGCCAAGCCAAGAAGAAAGUUUCCUCCACCUCGACACCAACGUCCAGCACCCUGCAGCAGGCUAGUAUAGGCGGCGGCGCCGGCGGCGGCGGCAGACGACGGGGAAGCGACCGAAGUCUGUCCGGGAGCGCCCACGAGCUCGCGGUGUGCGGCGUCCGCGACGUCACCAGCGCGCCGCGGGUCCCGCACUCCCACAGCCAGUCGAAUCUCACCGACAUCCCAUACAGGGGAGAUCUACCACGACUCGUAAAGAUACCUUCGAGGCCUAGUCCACGUAGUAUUCAGGAUGCUGGCGCGACGGACGUGGCGGCAGUUCGCCCUACGGACGACGUGUGCCCGUGGGAGGCGGUGCCGGGACCGAGCACGGAACCUGGAGGAACCCCGGGGGACGGCGUGUCCUCUGGCAGGACAGUGUCAGCUGAUCAGGCCCGACACGUGUGGGACAGCGGCGGCCACGCGGCGACAGCGACGACGACGACGACGACGACGAUCGCGCAGAUCUCCCGGAAAAACUCGGCGCAGCUCGACUCGUGCAGUUCGUCGUCGGACGUCAGCCUCGCUAUCACCGACGUCUCCGAGAGGCUGCGAAAGUCCUGUAGCUUGCAGCAUAGCGGUAGCGUAGGUACGUCAACUUCAGGUCCCGGCACGAUAACGCGAAAUUACUCCACCUGCUCGGCGAGCGCUCGCAUCAGACUGGCCGAGAUAGGUCGCGCGUCCGUGUCGUCCUGCAACUAUCCGUCGCCCCAGCAGUCAUUCGAGUACUCCCACGCGGUGGUCGAAAAGGUUGAGGAGAGAUCGUCCCUCGAGAGGAUCGUGCCCGAGGAGGAGGUCGUCGUUGCGGAAGCCGUUGUCGUCAAGGAGAGCCAGCCGAGUCCUAAAACGACCGCGAAAGCGCCGUUGAUCAGCAUCAGCGCGAUCGUGGGCGAUCUACCGAGCGACAAUUCGACGAUGGAGAACGCCGACGAGGACGCCAGCGAGAGCUGCACGGCAAAGGACGCGGGGGAGAUCGCCGUCUCCGAGGAGGAGAGAGCGAAAGGCGAGGACGCAUCGCGGACCGACACCGGGGCGGACGUGUCGCCGGUGGCCGAGGAGCCGCAGCAGGCCGCGACGACGACCGGGGGGCUACCCGAUGAGGCGCAGGUCGUGCCUGUCUGGGAACCGGACGCCCAGGAACAGGCGGAGAACCGACCGGCGGCGGCGCAGGCAGCGCCUCGGGAGAAGCGUGACAAUAAUGUUAACGAAGUAUGCCCGUGGGAGGACGAGGAAAACUGUAGAGUGGAUGCAACCUAUGUAAAAACCUAUGCGACUUUAGGUUACCUGUAAUUUUGUCGUUGAUAAUUAAAAAUCUUGCAUUUUGCAUUCGCAGACAUUCAAACACACAAAAAAAAAAACAAUUCGAACUUUCCACUUUAAUCCACUUUACUGAGCUCGCGUGUCCAGACCCUUGCGCGACGAGGCAUCUUCGAUCGAAUUGAGCGAAGACACAAGGCAUCCUUUGACGCGACAAAGUUUUUAUUAUACUCGCGCGGAAGCGUGGUAGGUUUUAAUAAGACGAGGGCAUACUCGCGGUCACACGAGAAGUGUACAUACACUGACAGUAUUCACAGUACUACCGGGCGGAUUUUUCACGGCAUAUUGCGUGCAAUGGCAGGAUUACGAGCAGUUCGUUCGAUAAGAAGACCGAUAGUCGGAAGAUAUGUGCGUCGCGGGACGAAAAAACGAGCAUCGACGUCUAGUCUCUUUAACUCUUUGCAUCGAGUCACUAUUUAUAUUACACGUAUGGCCUAAUGACGAUCCGAUUUCGUUCGCACGAGAUCCGCACCGACGGAUUCCUGCAGAUCUCGACUCGCGAUCGUGGACUCGGAGCUCUUUCGUCCUCCUUUCCGAUUACUAGAGUUAAUUAAUCUCUGCCGUGUACCACCCUUUGUGUACCACCCUUGGUAUGCGCGAGUCACGUUGAAGGAAAAAGGACAUUACGCAAAGAUCGUUCGUGGAAAAAAAAGGGGGGAGGGGAAUCGGGCGUUUAUUGUUUAAAAUUUUAGAGCAGCGCAGUCUCCAGCGUGUUGUUCGUAGUUCAACGUAGACUAACGUAGACUAACGUAGAAACCUUAGAAACCAUAGAAGAUGUGUCGCGUGACAAGGUAGCGUUAGAUCGUGUCUCUCUUUCUAUCUGUGUUGAGUAAAAAUGUUCAAAACGGCGACGCCGAGCAACAAAGUAGCGGCCAUCGACUCGACGACGCGGAUUGGGAAGCUCGUUACGUUCAGUUCGUAUCACGUGCAAACGCGCGCUCGUAGGGUGCCAGCCGAGUUUGAGCCCCUUGGCCGCUCUCUAUGGUCGUGCUUUUCCCGGAUACUCCAUUUUCCGCAAGUCACACAUACACACACGCACACUCGCGAAACUUUACGUUCCGAUUAACCCGUCGUAUACACUUUGCAGAACGCGACUUGAUCCCUAGAGACGCAAUUGGUUCUCUCUAAUUAACCAAACUUUGCGAUUAAUGAUGUCAUUGACGAGACACCGCGAUCGCAAUUACCUUGUUUACUCUCGAGGUAUACAGCACCGUGCAUCCCAAUCCCGCGGCACGGUUAUUCAAAUGCACGUCUCUUACUUCUUAGAUUUACCGCCUAGAGUUAGCGUGUCUUACGCCAGUGUCUUACGAGAGCGUUCGAUAUUAAUUAUUGACAAAUUAUCGUGACCUGAUAUAAAACUUAAGUGUCUACUUUCACGUUAUAGUACACGCCAGUUUGUCGUAAUCAGCGCGUCGCAUUGACUUAACCGACAGCGAUUACGGCGAUUCUGUGGUGUUUCGCUCGUCGAGCGAGUUAGCGAUAAAGGGGAGAAAAAAAGAGUAAAAAAAAAAGUAUAUUCGCGCGAAUCUAAGUAGAAUCUAAGAAUUAAUAUUUAUGUGGGAAUGUGUCGGAUCUCUGAUUCUGUUACUGCCCCAGGAUCUCCGAUCUGACGCUAACAAAAAAAAAAAUCGAAGGAGAGGCUACUUAAAAGUUAAAUGCAUCGUGCUCUUAUAUCUUAUCGAUGUCUUUUCGUGUAUAGUUUUUAAGAUUAAAAGAAAUAGUACACAAUUAUUGCAUUAAUUGCCGACGACAUGUUCGUCUCGCGUUCAAUCACGAACUUUACGACGAUUCUGACGGCCAAAUCCUCGUUUUUUUCUCAACGAGAGGAAAGGACAAUUUAACUGACGGAAAAAUGAAGAACGAUUGCCUAAUUAUGCCGCACUUUACACGAAAAGAUGAAAAACGAACGAACGAACGAACGAACGAACGUGAAAAAAAAAAUCGUGGUGAUUCUAAUGCAUGCUAGUUUUUUCUAACGACUGAAUAUCGAAUUUUUAGGUGACGAUUCAUCUUGAAAGUCCUUCGAUUUUAAGGAUGUACCUGCGUUUAUUUUCUACGUACAAUAGUACGAGUACAAAGCGCAAGAAAACGCGAGAUAUACGCCAUUUGACAAUUUACAUUUUGAGUGCAACGAGCCGCCGCGGAGUUACGACGGUCUGGACACGCGAGUGUGUAAUUUCAUAAGGACUCUAAAGAUAAAUAACAAAAAAAAAAAAACAAGUAUUCACGACGAUCGUACUGUUAAAUUCAGCAGCUCAAAUUAAGUAUCGUAAAGUUCUUACGAUAGGUUUAUUAGUCGAUAAUAAGGCUAGAGUAAUAAUAACACAACACACAUGUCCCGUGGAUUGAGGAAUAAUUAUCGAGAUUAAAUAUGUGGUACACUUGCUACCCGCGGUUACCGACUCACAAGUUUCGUUCGCGUCACAGCGGUAACGCGAAUUACUUUUUCGAUUCGCCCGCGCAAAAGACAAAAACAAAAGCUCUAUUGUACGAGCCGAGACGCAAAAAAAAAAAAAA